UGUAAAUAUGACAACUUGGCGGACCGACGCGUCAACAAGCUCUCUGCUGGUUGAUGACAUAGCUCCCGAUCGACAACACCACGAUCUCUGAAAGCCCCAAGGCUUCUCACCACCACAACCAUGGCAAAAACGGCUCUCAUCACCGGCGCGACAGGCCUGCUAGGAAGACAGGUCGUCAAAGCCUUCGAGAGACAAGACUGGGCCGUCGUAGGCACCGGGUUUGCGCGCGCAAACCCUCCCGCAACCCGGAAGCUCGACCUUGGCUCCGAAGCAGACAUCACAAAGACAUUCGAGGAGGUCCAGCCGCAGGUUGUGGUCCAUUGUGCGGCCAACCGCUUCCCAGAUAAAUGCGAUCGCGAUCCCGAAGGCACACGAGCUCUCAACGUCGCGGCCUCUGCCUCCCUCGCAAAGAUCUGCGCUGCGAAGUCGAUCUUUCUGAUCUAUAUAUCCACUGACUACGUGUUCCCCGGCACCGAAGGCGACGCGCCGUACGAGGCGACGAGCACCCCCAAGCCACCGAAUCUCUACGGCCAAACCAAGUAUGAGGGCGAGAAAGCUGUAUUGGCGGAAUAUGAGAAGGCGGGCAAGCCCGGUUGGGGGGUCGUGUUGAGAGUGCCGGUUCUAUAUGGCGAGGCUGAGAACCCCUCGGAAAGCGCUGUCAAUGUGCUGAUGGACGCGGUCUGGAAGGCCCAAGAAAAGGAUGCGGCUAUCAAGAUGGACCACUGGGCCAUUCGAUAUCCUACCAAUACUGAGGACGUAGGGAGAGUCUGCCAUGACGUGGCUGCCAAAUAUCUCGAGACCGAAGACAAAUCGACCCUCCCCAAGAUCCUGCAGUUCUCAUCCGAAGACAAAUACACGAAAUAUGAGAUGUGCCAGCUCUUUGCGGAGAUUAUGGGCUUGCCGCUGGAUGGCAUGAUAGCGAACACGGAGGGGAAUGACCCUAACGCCAGUGUUCAGAGACCGUAUGAUUGCCACCUCUCGACAAAGGCACUGAAGGAUCUGGGCAUCAAUGUUGCUACCAUGGAUUUCACGGGCUGGUGGAGGCGUCAAAUGAGGGCAUAUAGGAAAUAAUGUAGAGAUGGAGGCACGGAUGGUGCGAUGCUGCAGUGGCUGGGACAUUGGCAAAUGCAUACUGCGGACGGACAGUCUGUACAGUCCAAGCACCGGCUUCUCAAUCAUCCACCUCCAAUCCCAGACAGUCAAGGCUCUCAUCGACGCGUCGUGACCUGACUCGAGUCAUCCAGCUCUCAGGAAUAUCGGGAUUCUGCUAUAUGUUGCAGAGACUGAGACUUUUGAGAUGAGAUAUAUACACUUGCAAUCGCGCAAUCAUUGAAGUCAGACAAAUGCCCAAAUUACGCGUGAUUGACGCGUUCUAGUCUAGAUGGUUAUUGACAAUAGCCACAAUAGCCCGAGUUAUAGCUUCAUCCAACAU